GGGUGGUGCCAGGGAGAGCCCGUAUAGUGCCAGGUAGUGCCUUGUGUCCCAGGCUGAGCCCAUGACCCCGAUAACACCUGCCCCCACUCCACCCGGACCCAGCCUUUGGUAUAGGGGAGGGGGCACAAGGCUCACACCGACCUGCGGGACUUUGGCUCCAUCUCUACCAAAGGGCAUUCUGUGAGUCAGCCUACUCCCCUCCAGGCUCGCUCCUCCCCCACCGGCUCCUAUUUCCUAUGCACGUACAACCCGUGCACAUCGUGUCCCGGUACAUCCCAGAGCUAGCAGCAUGGCUCCCCAGGGCCUCAGUCCCUGGCCCCCUUUGUCCACGGGGACCCCCGCCCUGGGGCCCCCUUGGCAACUACUGCUGCUGCUGCUACUCCUGGUGCCUGCCCAUCCCCAGACACUGCCCCGGAUGCAGGAGACCACCCCCAGCAAAGGAGAUUCCUCUGGGGAAGAUGUUCCACCUGGCAAGGAGUCGGACAGCCGGGAGGACCAGCUCACUGAAGUGGACCUGCCUGGGGAUUUAUCGGAAUGGGAGCGGCCACCUGGAGAGGGACAGCCACCGGAAACUGAGAACAGCCCAGGGGAGGAGGACUCCCUGAAGUUAGAGGGUCUACUCACCAAGGCUCCCCCGAACAGUGAAGGCCCUCAAAAUAACGCCCAUGGGCAAAGGAAAAGGGGUGGCCACAGUCAAUGGCGCUAUGGAGGCGGCCCGCCCUGGGUUCAGGUGUCCUCAGGCUGUGCAGGUCGCUUCCAGUCCCCGGUCGACAUCUACCCCGAGCUGGCCGCCUUCAGCCCUGCCCUGCAACCCCUGGAACUCAUGGGCUUUGAGCUCCCGACACACCCAGAACUGCGCCUUCGAAACAAUGGCCACAGCGUGCAGCUGACUCUGCCCCCCGGGCUGGAGACAGUCCUGGCUCCCGGGCGGGUGUACCGGGCCCUGCAGUUGCAUCUGCACUGGGGGGCCGCGGGUCGCCCCGGCUCGGAGCACAUGGUCAGCGGCCACCGCUUCCCUGCCGAGAUCCACGUGGUCCACAUCAGCACUGCGUUCGCCAACGUGAGCGAGGCUUUGGGGCGCCCGGGGGGUCUGGCGGUGUUGGCGGCCUUUCUGCAGGAAGGUCCAGAAGAAAACAGUGCCUAUGAGCAGUUGCUGUCACAUUUGGAAGAAAUCGCUGAUGAAGGUCAGUUGCUCAUGUCUGGCUACUGCCCUCCGUCCAUCCCUUGUUUAUAUAAAACACCCCUUGGGGCACCUCAGUUUGAAGGGGGAGAUGGAUUCCUGGCUUUCUGGAGGGGGUUGAGGUGUGAAGUAGCUGACCAUGAUCUUGAUAAUAACCACGAAGUCGAACAGAGGCACACAGGCCAGAUACUUGCUGCCCAGAGGCUGCACGCUCUCUCUGACUCCCUGUGGGGCCCUGAUGACUCUCGGCUGCAGAUGAACUACCGAGCCAUACAGCCUUUGAACGGGCGCAUCAUAGAGGCCUCCUUCCCUGUUGGCGUGGACAGCAGUCCCAGGAGCUCGCAACCAGUUCGCCUGAACUCCUGCCUUGGUGCUGGUGACAUCCUGGCCCUGGUUUUUGGCCUUCUCUUUGCUGUGACCAGCGUCACCUUCCUUGUGCUAAUGAGACGGCAGCAGAGACAGUUAGACGCGUCCAAAGGGAAGGCGAGGUACCACCCAGCGGAGGUCAUGGAGAUGGGAACCUAGGAGCCUGAACAUGGAGGAUGUGCCAAGAAGCCAGCUAGGAGAACCAGCGGGGGGCCUGGAUAAACGGUGCCCUGGCCUGUUACACCACUUCCCUGUUAACCUCUGACGAUUUAAAAAAGAUAAUUUUCUAA